CUUGCACGUUGUAUCUAGUAUGAAAAAAAUCACUUCACCACAACAAAUUGCAGGAUUUCAUAGCGAUGUAUCGAUAACUAUGUAUUAUGAUAUAACGUAUCAACAUCCUGUUUAUUAAAGAAAUCUUGAAAACUUAAGAAGCCGCAAAAUAAACUUUGAGAACUAUCGUUUCCUAAGAAUUACUUGAUGAUCAUCAGCAUGUUGGAUUCAAACAAAAGUCAUGGCAGAUAUGUUAUUCAUCACUGAAGUUCGCAAGUUCAGUGUGGAUAAUACACUGAAGAAUUGAGAGAAAGAUGGCUUCCUUAGACUGUUUAGAGAACUCUAGUGGAAUACCAAGCACGAGUGAUUAUCUUGCAGGAAUCUCUGAGAGGCCCGUCAACUUGACUUUGCUUAUCGCGUGCACAUUAGUGACAGUUCUACUAGUAGCCUUUUUAAUUGAAUCAGCAUGUUUUCUGAGUAAUAAGGUCCAACUUUCAGCAGUUUCCAAUCAUCGUAUAACAACAUGGUGGAUGAUUGCUGUAUUGCCGGUGAUGAGUUGUGUUGUUUUACCUGGAGUAUACUCACCUGUAUCAGCAACAUUUUGUAACUUAGUAGCAUCAUUGUGCUAUUCAUUUACAAUGUUUAAAUUCCUGGUCAUCGUUAUGAACUACUAUGGAGGCUAUGAGAAAAUGAUGUAUCGUUUUUCUGCCGAGCGUUUCACCUUCCCUUUAGCAAGCACGCCACUCACAUGCUGCUGUUUGUUUUUACCAGAAAAAAGAUUAACAAGGCGAAGUUUUAAAUGGUUGAAAAUCGCUGUCUUACAAGUGGCCAUCUUCAAACCAGUUACAUCAUUCAUUGGAGUAAUUAUAUGGUUAGAUGCUGUUUACUUAACUGAUAAGAUGGCUUCAGAUAGACCACUUGCGAUUGUAAAUACCACGACCAUAUUUUCAUCAGUGAUUGCAAUGAUGGCAUUGAAUAUGAUUUACAUAGCUUCUACAAGGUUUCUUCAGCCGUUCCAUGUCAGGACUAAGUUUACUUUUAUCAAACUUGGUAUUGUGAUCUGUAACAUUCAACCGGCAUUACUUAGUCUAAUAAUGAGAUUCCGAUUGUUAGAAUGCACCUUUCCUUUCUCUAACCAGGCAAGAGCCAAUUUCAUGCAGUGUAUACUAUUCAUCUUGGAAGCAGGGAUCCUAUUUCCAUUUAUCCUAUACUAUUAUAGACGAAGCGAAGGUAACGUUGUUGGAAAUGUAUCAUCAGCGCCCUUCAUAAACAUCAUUUCCAUCCGCCCUAUUGGAAUAACACCUCGACCACCUGAUCGCCAGUUAAUUCCACGUCCGUCGAUCACGAGUAUCGAUGUUGGUCGUGCACGUGCUCAAACUGUCAUUGGUUCUGGUGAUAUGGACAUCGACUUCUGUCAGCCUCCUGAAUUAUCAACCAUUGAUGAAGAACCUGGGCAGGCAGAGACAAUGUUUGACCAAUUUUCAACAAACUUUGAGAGACAAUUUACGACAAGCACGAGACAUGGUCGGCGACAUACAAUCAGCUAAUAAUAGUAACCAGCAAAAAAAAAUAUAGGAAUUACACUUCAACAGGCUGGAGAAAAGCGACAGUUCUUUUCAUUCGCAUCAUCGCCAACAGAGACUAUGAUGCAAAUCAUCAUUUUCAUGUUUGUCAAGGCAGAAUG